AUGGUUAAUAAAGUAAAACAACCUCAUAAUGAUAAUAGUGAUACCGAACUAGAAGGAAGUAAAGUUAGAAGUUGGAUCUGGAAAUACUUUGAACCUGGUUUUAAAGAGGGAGUAAGGUAUGCAGUUUGUCAAGUAGAAAUAAUAGUUGGAAAGAAAUGUGAAAAAACCUAUAAGGUUGAUACAUCCACUAGUAAUUGCUCUGAACAUCUUGCAAAUAUUCAUGGGAUAACUAAGGAGCAAAAGGAAGCUGAUAUU